ACUGCAGCAUUAAUCCAACUAUUAGGAAGGAUCUGAAGUCAUCUGUUCAGAAACUGUAUUGCUGCCCCAUUGAAGGUUGUCCAAGGGGACCGAACAGACCAUUUUCUCAGUUUGCCCUUGUUAAGCAGCACUUUAUGAAAAUUCAUGCUGAAAAGAAACAUAGAUGUGACAAAUGUAGUAACUCAUAUGGCACAGAAUGGGACUUGAAACGACAUGCUGAGGAUUGUGGGAGGAUCUUUCAGUGCACUUGUGGAUGUCCUUAUGCCAGCAGGCCAGCACUGCUGUCUCACAUUUACAGAACUGGCCAUGAAAUCCCUCCUGAGCACCGGGAUCCGCCACGCAAGAAGAGAAAAAGUGAGUGGUCAAAUCAGAAUUGCUUGAACCAGGUAGCAAAAGUGAAGCAGGAAAUCCAGGUGUUCCAAGAUCCAAUAGAGAUGAACAAAAAAACCUGCAUCAAAAACUCCUGUGGAGAUGACCGCAUUAAGCAGCCUUCAGCUCCUGCCAAACAGAUUCAGAAAUUGUUGUUACCAAAGCCCAAGGUUGCACUUGUUAAACUUCCUGUAAUGCACUUGACACAUUUACCAGUUAUUUUAUCUUCAGGCACAUCCAUGGAUAAUUCAGUCAAAUCCAUUGUUGUUGCUGUUGACGAUCAAGGAUCUAUUCUAAGCACAAUGCAUAUUUUGCCUCCUUCAGUGGGAACUCUGACACCGUCUACCGAAGUGAAAGGGUUAAGUUUUAAAGGUUGUCUCCCCAUCUCCAAGGUUACUAGCGUCAUGAUGGUUGAACCUGUCAGUACUGCAGUGCAAGUCAACAUGGAUUCGGGUUUUGUCAAUAAUCAAGGUUCUCCCUCACUUGGAGACCUCGGCACAAAAAACAAACUUAACUCCACAAAUGUUCAGACAAACGUAUCAUGCCUUGCACAGAACACAGCACCAGAAUCUCUAGCUACUUGCUACUCUACAGAGAACACCGUGUCGGCUUGUGCACAGACUGAUCUGAGUAUCAGCACUCAAGUUUUGCUACCUGUAAGUGUCCAGACGCAAACGUUUGAACCAGACUUGAAAAUCACAACGUCAAUAAGUGCUCAGACAGAUUCGUUUGGUCAGACUUGUUUUCCAUUGUUUGGUGUUUCCAGGAAAACACAAACUAGUUUGGUAACUUCUGCUCAUGAUAAAAGCUGUACAGUUCCAGCACUAAUUAACACAAGUAAUCAUGAAGACAUUUUUGACCAUUCUUUAGUUUCCUCAUACAGUGUUUGCACACAGACUCAAACUAAUUUCCCUCUGGAUGCAGUGGGCAUGAACCAAAGGUUAUCGCAUGAUGAUCUUUUACAGAGCUCCAAAUCAGCUGUUGAUUUUCAUAUUAACUCCACUUUACUUCAACAGAAUCCUAUGACUGACAACCAAACUCAGACAAUUAACCUAUUUAAUGACUUGGAAAAUAUCCUGUCAGAAAGCAUAGCUAGUCAUUCAUUAGAAAACCGUGGUCUUUUAUCCGAUGCCUCUGGUGAGAGUAUGACAGGCACCCAGACACAUGGUGCAGGUAUUGACUUUGAUAUUGAAUUUUUAUCUGCAAGCAACACACAAACACAGACAGAAGAGAAUGAAUUUGGUACGUUGCAAACAGAGUCUGCUUUGGAAUCUCUGGAUAUUGAGACUCAGACAGACUUCUUGUUUUCAGACCAUCCUGCUCAAGGGUUCAAUGGCAGGGGACAGUCUAGCUAUUUAGGGCUAGAAAUGUUUGAUACACAGACUCAAACAGAUUUCAAUUACUUGAUAGAUGGCAGUACACACCUACCUCUGGACAGUAUUUUGAAACAGUCCAGUUUAUCUCUAAGUGCAGAGUCCUCUGGUACCAAAACUCAGACUCAUGAUGUAAUUUAUAGAAAUAAUUUCAGUUGCACCCCUGAAAGCCAUGUCCGGUCAAACUGCACUGAAACACAGACGACCUUUGAAAACCUCAGCAGUCUAUUCUUCACUAGCAAUGAGACCCAGACUGUAAUGGAUGACUUUCUCUUGGCAGAUAUGGCAUGGAACACAAUGGAAUCGCAUUUCAGUUCAGUGGAAACACAAACCUGCGAUGAAAUAUUUUCCUUGUUUCGAAAUACUGAUAAAAACAGUGACUGAAUUGCACAGCUAAAAAGCAGCAUUUAAUUUCUGGAUUGGUGCACUGGAAAGUGGCAACAUUUCAUGAAGUGUGGUGUUGCAUUACUGUUGCACCUCUUUUGGGAGCCAUGUUUGGGGAUGGGAGGAAAAUAGAGAAAUUUCAAACUUAAACUAAUCCAGUUACUGGAGUCUUUCUCCUCUGGGUGUUUGGAUCCCUUUUCCGUGGAUUAAAAGCAUUGAUAAGCUUAGCUUUCUAUGAAUGCUGUUCUGUGAUUCAGCAUUCUUUAGUUUUUGAGAGUAAUUGCCUUCUAAUCCAUGGCCCCCAUCCCGUUUGACUUUUGCUUUCCCCUUGACACUUUCCUUCAAUGCACUACUAGCGUAUAUACUCCAGAAUGUUUACAAAGCCAUGUCUCUCCAUGUUUACGUGAGGAAUCAUAUUUUCUCCCUUGCCAUUUCAGAUUUUUUUUUUGUUUUCACUCGUCUCUGUACCUUCCACCUUGGUAUCUGGCUUCUUUAGGGGUUAGAAAUAGACACCAGAGAUCCCCUUGUACUUUGUUCAAAAGGCAGUUAUUCGCACAUGGCCCUCGCUAUCUUAUGUAGAAAGGUCUUCAGCUAAACCAAUAACUCUGGAUACAUUCUUAAAGGUUUCAACACCGUCUCCUGUUUCUAUACAUCUGGUCUAAAAGUACGGUUUCACCAAUCCGAUAAAUAAAAAUGUUUAAAGAUCUUUCUUCUAAAUAUUUGUUUUUCAUGUUCUUGUGAGUUUAGUGAACUCCAGAUUAAAUUUUGAGGUUUGACAACCCUAUUCCAAAUCUGGUUAAUGUCCACAUAUGCACUUUGUAAACGUGGUUUGUUGGAUAUCAGUUGGGCAUAAGAGUUCCUCUGCUGGUUGCUCCCUACCUCAUCUAGUGGGAGUUUGUUAAUCAUCAUGCUUCAGCCUUUGACCUGAUGUUACUAUACAAACUGCAUGUUGAAGUUGUAACCUUUAUUGGUGUCUGUGACUUUACUACUCCUUAUGUUGAGCAAUUCAGUAGCUGAAUACUUUCACACAAUGCAGAGAAAUCAUUAAAUAGUGUAUCUUCAUUGUGCAGUGCAUUUUAUUCCCCAGCAGAUUUAUGGCAUAAUGCUUUUCAUUCUACCUGUUACUUUUGCUGUAAAUUGGAUUAAAGUUACUUAACUUGACCUGAUUAGUGCAAAGCUUCCAUGGCCUUCCAACAAACAACAAACAACAAACCUAAUCUACCCAACCCUGUAGUGACCAAUCUUGGUGAUUCUACUCUCAGUUAUAGAAUUUGCUCAUGUAACAGCCUUUUAGGUCCUUCAGUGGCUACAAAUUUGAAUUAUUCAUGCAAGAUGUGUUUUGUAAACUUUUUUUUAGCUGAGUUUUGUGCCCUGGGUCUUGUGAAAGGGCAAAGCAAUUUCCAGUGACCAUUCUCAAUGCUGCUUGCAAUCUAAUCAAAUUGCUCACAUGAAGCAGUCAAAAAUGUUGUUGGACUAUGUUUGGGCAUUCGUCUGGGCUUUAAGAGUAAAGAAUUCCCAGCUGUGUGGGCAGAAACUGUUAAUGUUGCCAUCAGCUCUGCUAAAGCAGGCUGUAAUCAAGAAAUGCUUCACCCGAAUCCUGCCUUGGAGUGCGAGUGCCUGAUCAUCCAUGCUUCAGUCUGUCAGUGAAUUAUUUCAUGGCAGGCCCAGCCUUGAAAUUGGUCUCUAUACCUAUUGUCUGUGAUUUAUCUUGACCAGCUUAUGACGUUAUCUCAAAAUAUACCUUCCAUACAAAUGACUCUCCUUCAAAUAAUAGAGAUCCUAUAUUGCUGGUAACUUUUGGAUCUCAAAUCCAGGCUUGUAGCAAAUGUCAUGAAAAUAUUCCCAUUAUUAUGACGGGAUGGGAUCCUAUCUAGACCUUAUCCAAAUGCUGUAUGCUGCUGUAUCCUUGCUACAUCACUGAAAAAUUUGAGACCUUUAGAAGAGGAGUUCUCCAAGGAAAAAAUUAUUUUUUUUUUGCUUGCUACAUAUAGUGGCCGUAUCUUUUCUACCUGAAUCUCAGGAAAAAUAUUUAAUUUUGUUUCACUUCCUUGGGGUCUACAUCUGUGUGUUCCAGGCUCCUGAUGGACACACAUUUCUAUUACAAAAACACUCAUUUUUCAAAAAUGAAUCUUCUAAGUCUACUAGCAUGUUUGGAGUUCUCAUGUGACCAGAAGCCUUUCUGGAAAUCAGCAUCAAUUCCUACAUUGGGAGAUAAAGUACUAAAUUGUCAGCACCUGCUUUGAGGACUUUACAGAAUUGGUGAUUCUAAGAAACUAGUAAUUUUUUUUAAUUCCAUAGGACUGACCCAUAUUACACGCUAGGGAAUGCUGAGUUGAUUCUCUCAACUGAGGAGAGAUGCAAAUUAUUGAGCAUCUUGAUAUCAACAUUCCAUUUGCAAGUGCAAACUCCUGUUUGUGGAAGCUGCACAAAUUUAGAUCCAUUUGAUUUUCCCAAAUAAAAUUUGGUAUUUAAGCUUUUCUUUUCUGGGCAAUCAAAUGUUCAGAAAUAAAUUACAAACCACCUGAUUGCUGCCUCUACUAGUGCUUGGAUACCAUGAGGCACCUGCUAAAGAUGGACAAGGCCUUUUAAAGGCUGCAUUUAGUUGCUAAAUUUUAUCUGCCUCCUGUCUGCCAGUUGAUCCAAAACAUAAAACACCUGUUCAUAGCUAAUGGCUCUGGUGGACUUGUGCUCCUGACUCCCCAGUUAGAAAAAUUGGUAAACACCAAGCAGGGCAGUGUCUUGGAUUACUGUGUUUCAAAGUGCAUGUCUCAAAUUAGAGCAGUAGCUCAUCACCUGAAGCUGCAUUUAACUCUAUUUCAUUGUUGAGGUGUGACAAUAGAACAAUUUUGUAUUGCACAAAAUACUGACUUGUUAUGCAUCUUUAAAGAUUUUUGGUUUCCUACAUUUUGAGAGCUCCCCAGAACUGUGUUUGGCUAUGCACUUCAUUCAUUUAAUAAAUGUAGCUCUUACAGUAUUAAACCAAAAGUUCAACUGUAUUUUCAGUGACAUUGCCUGUAUUUGCGUUCACACUGCUGUUUUUCAGUGCUGAGUGUAGAUUUGUCUCCGAUAGUAAUUUCAUGUCAAUUUGUUUUUAAAAUUCCAUCCCAAAAAUCAACUGUUAGACCCUCCAUUGACUAGUAUUUCUGUGCAUAUCUCUAGUCGCUUUUGAAUGUGUAUCUGUUUCAUGAGUUGGUUUGCAAUUGAUGUGUUGCAAUAUUUUCAUAAUACCACUUUAAUUCUUCCAUUUAUUGUCCAUUUGCUCCUGGUGGUAGUUGUUUCUUAAAUAGUGAACUGUAAUCUCUGUGGCCUCUGGAAUGAACUGUAAUAUGGCUACACUUAAUACUUGGUACUAAAUUGAUUUAGGCAAAAUAAUACUCCAAUUGUUACGCUUUAAAUGCUGCACCAAACUGCUUUUCUGACACUAGUAAUUUAUUGCUCAAGUUGGCUUAUCACUAGCAGUUUGUAAUUGAACUGUAACCAUAAGUAUUUUAUGUUUGCAUUACAAAGCUUAAAAUGCUGACCCCAGACAGACUAUUUUACUCACCUCAGUUCGAGUGAUCAUAGUGGCCAAUGAUUCACUGAAAUCCUGGUGUAGCAAGUAGCGUACGGAUGUGUUAGCAUUUUGAAUCCACUUCUUUGAAAUCAUUAACACUUUCUUUUAUUCAAGCUUACGAAUAGCUUGAUAAACUCAAAAGAAAUAUUUUGCCCGUUGAUCAGUCAUUAUCUUUUUGUUAACAGCUAUAGCAAACGAGCAUAUCUGCACACAGUGACUGUUUGGAUUAAUUACUGCACUGCAGGCUUACAGGACUCUGUAACUGAGGAGCAUUCUGCAUGUUCUAACCGAAGUGUUGCAGAUGUAACCUGCUGUCUCCGUGCACCUUGUGCACUCAUUUCUAAAAUGCUUUGUUUCUAAGUCAGAUAAUGUGCCCUGUGUAGCUUGUCCUACGUGACGUGCUUCAUAUUUCAUGUUUUGUUUGUACUGGUCUUUUAUUGAAGUAAACUUUACAUUAGUUACGUAAAUUACAUUUUUGUGGCUAAUCUCCUUAUGCAGUUUGUUAUUUUUAAACUGUAUGUCCAUGCAGUACAUUAAUGUUAUCCAUGUUCUUGGGUAGGAUGCAUUAAGAUUGCUUGCUUUGGGAAAUCAGUUGUUUGGCUGAAAAUGCCAAAGUGAUUAAGCUUUUGAGGUAGAAUAAGUGGCAGUGUUACUUUUAUUUUUGGCAGGUUGGUGAAUUAUAUCCCUUUUAAAACUUUCCUUUAAUUUGAGUUUCACUUCUCUUAAAUGCCUUGGUGUCAUAUGUCUCAGUACGUUUUCCUAUCUUGUCUCACUGACUAAUUGUCCUGGAUUUGGUUUUCUGUCUAAAAGUAACAUGUUUUUGACAUUCUUGGGACAGGAAGGGGGCAAAUCAACCACUGUUCACAUUCCUGUUCGUUGCUCAGUAGAUUUACAAUGGCCUAAGGACUGACGUUAGGUAAGGAAAGAAUUUGGCUUGGUGAUGCGGGCUCACUCACUAAAUAUUUAAACUGUUAUGGAGGGAUAGCCACAUAGUCAAAAUUGGCAAAAAGAAACUUGCCACCUAGUACGUGGGCUGAUGAGUUCUUGUUUUUGAUUACUGAGAGAUUUUACAAAAAUUUGAGUUGUAAUUUAUUUUUUUUCUGUUUCGUUAGUUUGAAGCUUGCAUCUAAAAACGUGUGAUUCAUGUCUUUUUUGUUGCUUCACAAAACAAAGGUUUUGUGACUAAAUUGUGUUAAUUGGAUAAGUAGCUGCUCCAUAAGAGUAGACAAGUUUACUUGCAUAUAUUUUCCUUUUGGCAUUACAUGUUGAACUGAGUCCCAUUUGACUGUGUAAAUAUCUCGAAGGUCAUUUCAAUGCAUGUAAACUAUUGUGCCACAAGUGAUUUUCUUUGUGUUAAUAUGCAUUUUGUCAUGUGGGUGAGCAUUUCUUUUAAGCUGAUGCUUAACUUCAGACUUAUUUUGUUGUACUCCACUUAGCUGGAAUUUUGCACAUUAAGUUAUUUUCCCAAUGUAUCGUGUUAGUGGAUGUUUUGUGCAAAGCACAUGGAUGCUGGUCAAAAAUUAUGCAAAGUUACACAAAAUAAAGAUCAGUUUCUUCUCUGA